AUGAGCGCCGUUAACAUCACCAACGUCACCGUCCUCGACAACCCGGCGGCUUUCCUCAAUCCGUUCCAGUUUGAGAUCUCCUACGAGUGCCUGACUCCCCUGAAGGACGGUGCGCUUCCUGGCUGCCCUUCUGUCCUCCCUCUAGAUAGUCCUGGGAAUCGCGCCGCUUUGUCGUUUAUUUUAGUAGAGCUCGCGUUAGACAUUUUAAUCCUGUCUUUAAUUUUCUUGGUGUUCAUCGUAACUGUGUCCUAGGGUUUACAUUUCUGCUUCAAGUUGGCUGGAAGCUUCAUGUCGGGUGUGUUUAUCUCAGGAUCGCUUCUUUUGUCGCAAAAUUCUGAAGGUUCUUAUGUUUCUCCUUCGACAGUCGUCGGUGUUAUCUAGGUUUCUGCUGUUGAUCGUUCGAUCUCUUUAUUUUGCCAGACUAUGUACUCUACCGAUCGCUUUCCGACGGUCUCGUGACUGUCUUCUCAGUCAGCUAUACGUCCUUUUUCAUGUCCCAAGUAAUUCUUAAUAGGUUUCACUUGAAUGAGCAUAAGGUCAAAACUUCAUUGAGUGCCAAGAUCAGGUAUUGGAAGACUUCUGGGGUGCGACAGUUAUUCUUCUCGUGAAGAACAUGACACGAUUUAAUUCGCAAAAUCCCAUGCCUCUUCGUUGACACUGACUUGUCUUUGUUCUUUUCAUAGAAUAAAGAUGAAUUAAUCUGUGUAUUGUGAAUUAGGACGGCCUUAAUAUCAAUCUUUUCCAGUAGGUUGAUCCACUAAUUGUGUUUGUAAUCAUUUAUUUUCCCAUUCUGCUUUGUCAUGACGUGGAUCAUGGAACAGCUUUAAAAAAAUCGCAGCUGUGAGAUUGUCCAAACUUUUAUUUAAAUGACUUUUAGGAGCUUUUUUGUAGUAUAUUGAGUUCAAUCCUAAGUCAACUUGCUUUAUUGGCUUGCUGAUUUGUUUGGUUGCUAAUAUCAAUUUCUUGCAUGUGGCAUUAGUCCAUGCAAAUACCAUUGUUCAUUCAAUCAACUGAGGUCAGUCACGUGAAUUGAUGUAAUUGUAGGGUGCAUGAUUCACGUUUGUUGUCUUAAAUAAGUAUCAUUCAAGACAAUAUUUUCAAAUGAAUAACUAUAAAAUGAAACAUUUUUUCUGACCCAAGUAGUUAUUGACUUGUAGAUGGAUUCAUUUCGAGUAAGCAUUGAUAAUUAAGAUUGGUUUAUGAAUAUUUUAAUGAGAAGAGAGUACUGUAAUUUUGCUGACUGAAAUGGUUCUGCUAGUCAUGCAAUUAUCAUUCUCAUCUACACUAGGCUGGGUGUGUGUAUUUAAAUUAGAGGUGAAGUAAAGAGCUGGGAGAGGAGGGCAAGAUUGACAAGGUAGUAAACUAGGAUAGAAUAAAGGAAGGAAACGACAAAAAGUCAAGGCUUUCAGGAUAUUUGCUUCAUAGUAAAGAUUGUCGUUUUCAUUAUUGAGUGCUUUGAAGCUUUCCUUUGUGCUUUAUUCAGUGGUUUUUUUUUUACUUCGCAACUGAUGGGGUUCUAGCUUUCUUUGAAUUUUUGGUAACCAUGUGUCUGUACUUUCAGCUUGUUGUCAUAUUCUACUUUGUUUGAAUAUGACCCUGACAUGAUGUUGUGUUUUGGUCUUAAGGCACACACAUACCCAUUUUCUGCUGAAGACUAUUUGCGAUGUUCAUCUGUGAAAUUUAUCUUAAAUAAAGUAAUUUCGAUUUUUAUGUGAAACUUAUACUUCAAAUUAAAUACCAGUUCAAAAUAAUAUUUUUUUUUUCCAGUAUGGCCACAUUUAAAUCUUGAAAGGUCUCUUUGAAUUAUGAUUCUAAUGUGCAUACAGUUUCCUUAUGAGGCUCGAAUUUUAUAAUAAAUAUGCGGAAAUGAAUUUUAUCUUUUUAAUAUAAAUGAAUUCCUAAUUGGAGCACUUCUCAUUUAUGUUGUUCAGGGAACAAAGACCCGUGGAAACUUGUCACUUUAAGAGUUUUUAUAACUUCAAACUUUUAUUUUUCCUUUGGCAGAAUUUAUCUAGUGAAGUCUUAAGAGUUAGUUACCUCCAGAAUGAUUUUAUUGUCCUGUAUUAUUUGUUGUAAAAGGAUUAUUGUAGGUACGAGUACAAUGUAUAAAUAAAAUCCGAAAAUACUUGUAAUCAACAAAUUAAAUGUUCACUCUUUCUUUUCGCCAGUAAGCUGCCUAUGGCAAGACCAUGGGACUUUCGUAUUUACAGAUAUAAUGAGAAACACCCACUUAGCGCCUUUAUUGAAUUGCUAUGUCACGGUUAGAACUUUAAGAAUGAUAAUUUGUCAAAGAGUGCCCUCAAUAUCAAAAAAUUCAAAUGAACUGAUUACAGAUCAAAUAUUUGUUGAUGAUAAAUCUGUUCCCCAUUGUGUCUAUCAGUGGGCAUUUUCUGUGUCUGUUACCAUUCAUUCACUGCAUGCUUGAUUAUUCCGCGACAAUUACUUUUGGGCAAAUGGGUCUCCCGCUUUCUCUACAAUGUUGGAGGUCUUAGUAAGGUUAUCUUACGUCUACUGCUUUGCCUUUUUGCCUAGGCGCUGAGGCAGUGAUCCAAUACUUUGCUUGGCUUGGUUACGUUAAAAAUCUUGUUGUCUUGUGGCAUAAGUUUAAAGUCUUUGAAAAAUUGUUAUUACCAGUGCUUUCAACAUGGAGCUGAUAUUGAGUUGGUGACCAAUGUGUCCUUUUAUUUCUGAGAUCCGUAAUCAACUUUUGUGUGUGUGUGUGUGCACGCGUGCAAGUAUAAAACAGGUUAUGUGAACAUGUUUCAUGUUAGUUCUUUGAUUUUAUGGACCUCGCUUCUUCUUUCUUGCAGUCCAUUUUUCCUUGAGCGCAUUCACUAUUUCCAAAGGCACAACAGCUCGAGGCAGCAUGCUAUGCUUUGUCUUAACUUGAAAGUUGUCAGGGGAAUUGAGACCUCAGAAGUUUUACUAGAAAACCUUUAUAAGGGUACCCAAGGCUUCAUUGACCUUCCUGUCUGUGAUAUCAUUCUGUAAGGUGCAUAGCUCACCAAAAACAAAUUCACGAGCAGAAGGAUUUUCUUCUAGCACUUGAAUCUAGCUUACUUUUGUAUCUCUAAGAGGAGAUAAGUGGGUUUGGUUAAAGACUUCUAUUUCUUUGGCCCUUUUUCUGAUCCAGUUGCAUAGGCGAAAAAUGUCCUUUGGAAAGGUGGUGGAAGCGUUUCAUCAGAACAUCUUUUGCUUUGAAAAACUGUCUACUCAAAAAAAUAGAAAAUCAAUUUUUCAGCAGACAUGCAUUGCGUCAAUUGUAUCUACGACAUGCUUUAAGAAGAUUUUAUAGGACUCUAAAUGAAAUGAAAACCAGUCGCUUAUAGGUAAGAACAAGUGAGAAAGGAGCAGGGCAUGGAUCCCUUGAGAUCAUUUACUUCUAACUCUUCCAUCUGAAAUUGCUGUCUACAAGAGUACACUGCAGCCACAUUUUCUUCUUGUGUAGUUUUCUCAUUGAUGACUCCUCUACCAAAUCCCUACGAUUCUUCUUUCCAAUCAAGACAUCUGAGCGGAGAGACUAAAAUGAUGGUGGGGAAAAGGAAAACAUGAAUCUCUAUUCAUCAUCGGAAAAUGCACACAUGCAUAAGGAUUGUGCUUGGGCUUAUUAUUCUUACUAAGGGAAGAAAAACAUUUCAAUACGUAUAUAAAUAUUAUAUACUUUUUCCUUUUUGGCAAAUCGCUUGCUAGAUCUUCAAACGUGUGCAGGCCUGUUAUUUUUCUCUUGCUCCUAUUCCCUCUGCCUUCUAUCACUUCCUCUUCUCUGGGUGGCUCUCUUCCUUUUGCUUGAUAUAUCUCAAAAACAGAUCUGCCUGGCAUUUGGCCAACAGAUUGUCUGGCAGUUGACUAAGGGGCAGGAAGGAGCCCUUGGGUUAUAGUCUGUGGUCCCCCCCGUCUACACAUCCUCUCUCUUUCUUUCUGCAAUGUCUUUUGUUUUUCUCUAUUUGACACUCCUCCACUCUGAGGCCUGUGACAUUUGCAGCUUAUUGAUGGAGAGAGAGAGAUAAAGGUGGAUCUGUUGGUUCCCAACAACAGUCUUAUGUCUCCCUGGGACUGCUAGGUGUCAAAUGACCAUCACUUCGAUUUGAUGAGGCUUCUAGGGAUGUCAUUUGCAUGUAUGAUUGGAGUUGUUUUGCUUUCACCAUUAGAUCAUACAGCGAUGCUUUUAUUUAUUUCUUAGAAAUAAUUUACUCGGAUCAUAGAUGUCAGGUCCUGGAUGGUGUAUCAGUAGAAGGCCUGUUUUCUGAUUCACCGUGAUAAUCCUUUAAGAUUGCCCUUCUCAAUCUGUUCCCUUUUGAUGAACUCUCAGUGUUGUAUUUGUUGCAGAUCUGGAGUGGAAGCUCACCUACGUAGGGUCUGCUGAGGAUGAGACUUAUGACCAGUUACUGGAGAGUGUGCUUGUGGGUCCUGUCAAUGUCGGUAACUACCGCUUUGUCUUACAGGUAACUCCAGGAAUCCUGAAUAAGUGUUAGAAUUAAUCGGCUAAAAAGCCCUUAUAAUUUCUGCCAUUUUUAUCCCUUUCAGGCAGAUCCACCUGACCCUUCAAAGAUUCCGGAUGAAGACAUCAUUGGUGUAACAGUGCUGCUUCUCACUUGCUCUUAUCUCGGGCAGGAAUUUAUCAGGGUUGGUUAUUAUGUGAACAAUGACUAUGAUGAUGAGCAGCUAAGGGAAGAACCUCCCCCAAGGGUUCUGAUCGACAGAGUUCAGAGGAAUAUCUUGGCCGACAAACCCCGGGUCACCAAAUUCCCCAUCAAUUUCCAUCCUGAUACCAGCGAGAACGGGGGGCAACCACCUCCACAACAGCCUUCGCCUGAUGAUAAUCGUAGUGACGAACCGCCAUCUGAACAUAUACCUGACCCGAGUCAAAAUUUGUAG